AUGGAGAUUACUGAGGAGAUUACCGAAGUAAUGACUACGAAUUUCGACUUGAUUUCAGACCCCGACAUACGAAACAGUAUACCAAGGUUCUUGAUUUUAUACAUAGCUCACAUUAUUUUAGGCAUCACCGGUAUACUUGGCAAUGGUCUUGUCCUAAUCGUCUUACUGAACACCCGUGACAUGUGGGAUGCUACUAACCUCCUGAUCGCCAACCAAAGCCUCAUUGAUUUCUUCGGAUCUCUCUCUGUCAUAGCUUUCAAGGUCGUCCCCGUGCCACAUUUUGAGACCGCGGGUCCUGUAUUGGCCAGAUACCUUUGCUAUGUAUGGUAUCCCAAUUUCUUCGUGUGGUCCUUCAACUUCACCUCAAUCUUCAACUUGGUCUUCAUAAGUUUCGAGCGAUUCUACGCCGUUAGGUAUCCUAUCAGGUAUCGAAGCAACUUCACCAUCAGGCCGGCGUUGGCAGCAUCUAUACUAGCUUGGACAAUGGGCAUGGUGUGGGGCUGGUUCUUACCCGCAAGUUUCAGCCUAGAGAAUGGAAUCUGUCGAAGGCAUGAUUGGCCAACACAGGACACAGCAGCGGUUGUGUCUGGACUGUCAUUCUUUGUUCUUUACCUCGCUCCUCUUUUCAUCAUGAUUACUAUCUACACAUAUAUAGGCCAUGUCCUUAAAAGGGGUGGCGCCGCUAAGAAAUUCCAAGAUCAAGCAGCAGGGUCGCAAACGGCAGAAGCAGCCGGGCCUCAACCAGGAGCAGCAAGAAGCUAUCGAGAGAUCGCCCGGAGAAAGGUCUUGACAACCAUGAUAAUCGUCACAGUGACAUCCCUGCUUUGUUGGACACCUUCCAAUCUAUAUUUCAUAGCCUACGCUUCUGGUGCAAACAUCGAUUUUACUAGCUUCUGGGGCUUGAGUGUCCAGUGCAUUCUAUUAUUUAAUAAUAGCAUUAAUCCUUUCAUCUAUAUCUUCAAGUAUCAGAAGUUCCAGAAUGGUCUUCGACGACUGCUGAGACUAGGAGAUUCAAGGUCUCCGGCAGGAGAACGGACAAGAGAUUCCAAAUCGGACAGCGCCAACAUGGCAUAG